GGGCAUACCGACCCAUUAACAUGUGUAGCUCUUUUUCCAGAUAGCAAAAUGAUUAUUACUGGGUCCUAUGACCGCAGGGUUCGCCUUUGGGAUGUAGGAAGUGGUCAAGCAUCAGGGGAACCCCUUCGAGGACACAAGGUUUCGGUCAAUGUGGUUGCCGUUUCGCCCAAUGGGACGAUGUUCGUGAGCGGAGGCGGGGACGGCAGGAUUUUGAUAUGGAACGCAACGACGCGUACUUUGGCAACAGCGCCCAUUCAAGCACACUCGAACACGAUCAACUCCAUUUCCUUCUCUCCCGACAGUGCUACCAUCGCCUCCAUAGCAGGCACAACAAUCAAAAUAUGGGAUGUGGGCACUGCGAAGCUGAUCAUGGAUAUCAAGUCCACGACCUUUGAACGCCAAGUUGCGUUCUCUCCUGAAGGUAGCAGAAUUGCUUCCGUAUCCCACAUAGCUCCAGAUCAGCAAAUGUUGCGAAUUUGGGAUGUGAAGACGGGAAAACCAGCAGCAGUCAGCCCUAUAGCUGGCCAUACGGGUGGGCUGUUGUCUGUGGCAUGGUUCCCCAAUGGACAGCGUCUGGUCACUGCAUCGCUCGAUAGAACGAUCCGCGUCUGGAUCUCGGAGACUGGUUGUCAAGAAGGACAUUCACUUGGUGGCGAUGCGGCCUGGAUGGCUGACUACGUUGCUGUCUCUUCUGACGGGAAGCUCAUUGCCGCUCUUUGUGGAGAUCACUCUAUACGACUCUGGAAUGCU